CGGGCGGGGCCGGCCGGGCCCAGUUGGCAGUUGGGCGGCGGGAGGAGCGGGCGCCGGACACGUAAUUUGUCCAUUGCUUGAUGGUGAAAAAUGGGGGAAAUAGAAGGAACAUACAGAAUAUUGCAAACUCCAGGAACCCGAUUAGGAGUCCAGAAAAGUCCUGGAGUUAGCACGCUGGAACCAGGACAGACUCUUUCCACAGCAGUGGCACAGAAACCUUCAAAAUUGCAAGAGAGGAAUCUUCAGAUCAAAAUAAAGUUGUUGGACAACACUCUGGAAGAACUUGACAUUGAGCCAAAAUGUUUUGGACAAAAAUUGCUGACAGAGGUUUUUAAACAUUUAAAUUUGAUCGAGUCUGACUACUUCGGGUUGGAGUUCCAGAAUAUUCAGUCUUAUUGGAUUUGGCUUGAGCCCAUGAAGCCCAUCAUCAAGCAAGUGCGAAGACCAAAAAAUGUGGUGCUCCGGCUCUCUGUAAAAUUUUUCCCUCCUGACCCUGGUCAAUUGCAAGAAGAAUACACAAGGUAUCUGUUUGCUUUGCAAAUCAAGAGGGACUUGGUGGAAGAACGACUUACUUGCAGUGACAACACAGCAGCUCUUCUCAUCUCUCAUCUUUUGCAAUCUGAAAUAGGGGACUAUGAUGAAACUCUGGAUCAAGAGCACCUUAAAAUAAAUAAGUACUUUCCAAAUCAGGAAAGGGUUCAAGAAAAGAUAUUAGAAUUUCAUCAGAGGCACAUGGGCCAAACACCUGCUGACUCUGAUUUCCAGGUGCUUGAAAUAGCUCGGAAGUUGGAGAUGUAUGGUAUCAAAUUUCACGAGGCCUCUGACCGAGAGGGAACCAAAAUUAAUUUGGCUGUAUCUCACAUGGGAGUAUUAGUAUUCCAGGGCAACACCAAGAUUAACACUUUCAAUUGGUCCAAGGUCCGGAAACUGAGCUUCAAAAGGAAAAGAUUUCUCAUUAAACUUCACCCUGAAGUUCAUGACUCUUAUCAGGAUACAUUGGAAUUUCUGUUGGGGAGUAGAGAUGAGUGCAAAAAUUUUUGGAAGAUUUGUGUGGAGUAUCAUACUUUCUUCAGAUUGUUCGAUCAACCCAAACCGAAGUCUAAAGCAGUUUUUUUCAGCCGUGGAUCUUCCUUUAGAUACAGUGGACGAACUCAAAGGCAACUGGUGGAUUACAUUAAAGACAGCGGAAUGAAGAAAAUUCCCUUUGAAAGAAGGCACAGCAAAGCUAGAGUCUCCACUCGUACUUUGAAUGCAGACUUCCCAAAACAGAGUUUCUCGUUCCACGAGGGCUUAAGAAAUCCCGGCUCCCCCUCUUCUACAAAUGUCUCCUUCUGUCCGAUCCCUCCCUCUUCCCCGACCCCAUCUGGCCUGCCCAUUUAUAUGGACAGCAACAAUUCUCUCGUGGAUCCCAGAGCACCAUAUGGGAAGAGCCCAACCACGGGAAGGAGCAGUGUAACAUCAGCCGAAGAAGUGGACAAGAAAAUGGCACAGCAUCAUGGCUCGCCGAUCCUCCAGUCAUUUCAAGGCCUCUCAGUGGACAGCUCUCACUUCUCUCCCUUCACACAGAAGAGUCCAUUGACCUCGAUCCCUACAUUUCAGGUGACUCUGAGCCCAUCUGGACAGGAAUCCCCUCUUCUAAGUCCUAUCCUGAGUGAUGCUGGUGGUGUCGGAGUUGAAGACGAGGUGGAAACUAAACACAAGCGACCCCCAACGGACAAAGCAUAUUUCAUAGCAAAGGAGAUUCUUGCUACAGAAAGAACAUAUUUGAAGGAUUUAGAAGUAAUCACUGUGUGGUUCCGUAGUGCAAUCAUCAAGGAGAAUGCCAUGCCUGAAGGUCUGAUGACUUUAUUGUUCUCCAACAUAGAUCCUAUCUAUGAAUUCCACAGAGGGUUCCUGAAGGAGAUUGAGCAGAGACUGGCAAUCUGGGAAGGGCCCGCCACUGCCCGUGGGAAAGGAGAUUACCAACGGAUCGGCGACAUCAUGCUUAGGAACAUGCACAAUUUAAAGGAAUUCACUAGCUACUUGCAAAAGCAUGACGAAGUCCUGACAGAACUGGAAAAAGCGACAAAGCGGCUAAAAAAACUGGAGAUGGUUUAUAAGGAGUUUGAACUGCAGAAGGUUUGCUACUUGCCUCUGAACACUUUCCUGCUGAAGCCGAUUCAAAGACUGAUGCAUUACAAACUGAUCCUGGGGCGACUGUGCAAGCACUAUACACCAGAGCACAGGGACUAUACUGACUGCCAGAAUGCAUUAAAGGAGAUUACAGAGAUGACAUCCCAACUCCAGCACAGUUUGAUUCGUCUGGAGAAUUUCCAAAAGCUGACAGAGCUACAACAUGACUUGCUUGGCAUUGAUAACCUCAUAGUGCCAGGCAGGGAGUUUAUUCGGGAGGGCUGCCUUUAUAAGCUCACAAAGAAAGGCUUACAGCAGAGGAUGUUCUUUCUGUUCUCAGAUAUGUUGUUAUAUACAAGCAAAGGAGUCACGGGUUCUAAUCAUUUCAAAAUUCAUGGCCAUCUCCCUCUUCAUGGUAUGCUGGUGGAAGAAAGUGAGACUGACUGGUCUGUUCCACACUGUUUCACUAUCUAUUCAGCUCAUAAAACCAUAGUGGUCGCAGCCAGCACUCGCCUGGAAAUGGGGAAAUGGAUGGAAGACUUAAACACUGCAAUCGAGAUGGCCAAGAAAUCCAGUGAAAAAUCUGAAACGCUCCUUGCAAACGCCAGAUAUAACCGCUCCAACAGAUCCUCAGAUGAGCUCUCUCUAGAACAGGAAUCUGAAGAAGAUACUCAGUCUUCACAUAACUCCUUGGACAGGCAAAAUCACCACCGUGCCAAUACUACCUUGCACGUGUGCUGGUAUCGCAACACCAGUGUCUCCAUGACCGACCACAGUGUGGCUGUCGAGAACCAGCUUUCAGGCUACCUUCUAAGAAAAUUCAAAAACAGUAACGGCUGGCAGAAGCUCUGGGUGGUAUUCACCAAUUUCUGUUUGUUUUUCUACAAAACUCACCAGGAUGAUUACCCACUGGCUAGUCUUCCGCUGCUUGGCUACACAAUCAGCAUCCCCAUAGAGGCAGACAAUAUUCACAAGGAAUACGUCUUCAAGCUUCAGUUCAAAUCCCAUGUCUACUUCUUCAGGGCUGAGAGCAAGUAUACCUUCGAGAGGUGGAUGGAGGUGAUAAAGAGAGCCACAAACUCUCCUGGGAGGAGCAGCCUGGUGAUGGCCAAAGAUGACCAGGAUUUGCAAACAGACUAAGGCGGGCAGAGCCUGGCCUGUAGCUUCAGACUUCUGUUAAUGGGGACUGGACUUGACUGGUCAAGUUAGGAAGAGAAACUCCAACAGCUCGUGGUAAAAGUUGAUGGACAAGAUAAGUGAUGGCCGACGGGUGAAGGUGGCUGAGAUACUGAUCCUCAGAAAAGAGUCUCAGUUUCUAUUGAACCUGUGUUGGAGGAGCUGUAGCGUUGACUAAUCACUCCAAAUGUUUAAAGGGAGAAAAUCUCCAUUUGCCAAUGGGUGGUAGUGUAUAUUGCAGGGUGUAAUGUCUUCAGGUUACAGUAGUCUGUGUGUGGUAUUUCAGCAGCAUGUCCCGCUUAGCCGUAGGGUACCCGUCCUUUCCAUUUUGACCAACUGUUGAGAAAAUGCCAGGAAUAUAGUAGAGAUUAGUGGGGUCAUUAUGGGCCACACUAAGAAGCAUUUUCUGGAACCAAGAUCUUUUUUUUCCUGAGGCUCCCAGCCUCUCUACCAGUGUGGAGUGUUGCCAGUUUACAUUCCUGUUACUUUUGGGCAACAAAUUGGCUGCUUUCAAGAGGCUCGGCAGAGGCCUCGAAGUAGAAGACUAACAUUCACCUUCUACCUUUGCAUAGGAAAGACAGUGGUUUACGAAGGACCCACAGCGAUUAACUACUUUUAGAUGGGUUGGGGGGAAUGUAAGGGUGUUUUGCUUUUUAAAUUUCAAACUUGCUCUUAGUUAAGAUGGAACGGUGUGGUAAAUUUGACUAAUUAUCUUGCUUUAAAACUGAGUAGAUUUUUUUUUUACCGCAUGUUAAAGUGUUGCCCAGUUUCUUUGGGAUUCUUUGUGUUUGACACAUAAGCUUUUUUCCAAUCCACUAUCAUAGAAUGCUAAAGCAUCACUGCAGAGGGAGGCUGGCUUUGGAGGCGGGAGUUUAGAGUUCCGAUGUUCAUUCGGGCGCUGCCGCGACCUCCCCGAGGGGCGAUGUUAUUAACUCCUCGAUUCUCCUCAUCUGUCAAACAGGGCUAGUAACACGUGCUACCUACCUCGCAGGGUUGAUGUGAGGAUUGAGAUUUUUGAAAUUGUUUUCAAAUGCCUUGGAUGAAAGGUGCUAGAUUCAUUCCUGACCAUAGUAGGGUUAAGGCCGGGUUAAUGACCUCGUGGGAGUCGCUGCAGGUUCCUUUACACAGCGAGUCCAGCAAAGGCAAGCCCGGCCCCAUGACAUGUCACAGAGCAAACUCCACAGGGGGCUGAGCCUCCAGAUUAAAGACCAAGACAGCUGCAGCCUCUUUCACUCUGCACAGAGUAGAUCAAGCCCUUCAUGUCCCUGGCAUGUGGCUGAUGUAGACUUCAGUUGGGCCAAAGUCUUGAUGCUUCUGAUUUAAGGUCCAGGAAUGUUGUUAGGGUUCAAAAUGGCAUGGAGAGUGGUGAUGUGGUUUGGCUGAGAUCUGAGAAGUCGUGCUUCAGAGAUCAAAAAUUGCUUGGUCAAGGGUUACAGUGGGAGGGAGAAAGAAGAGAGGGUCCUGUAUGUCGUGAGUGUAGUUGGGAAGAGGAGAACAAAAACCGUGUGCAAAGCCAGAGCUGCUGGACUGCCGUGAAAUAUCCCCCUCCACUCUUGCCCCUCUCCUCCUCUUCCCAACCUGCUGAGAUUUUUUUUCCCCUCUCUUUAUGGAAUUGGGUUGGAAUUAGGCAAGGAAUAAAGGAUUCGCUUGCUGUCUUCACAUGCUCCUUGGAGGAAAUAGAGACCAAACAAACAUUCAUUCUCCAUAACCACUGUGUCAUAAUGGUGGAAAGUCCAUUGUAAGUACAUUUUUCUGGGUUUUUUUUUUAAUUUAUUAGUGUCCUCAUUUUUUUUUACUAAAUGGUUUUAGAUGUACAAAUAUCUGCAUUGCUAGACACAACCUUUACAAGCCAAUGAUGAGUAUAAAUUUUGUUAGAAAUAAAUAGCAUCUCAGUUCAAAGAA